GGCGGUUGGUUGGAGCGUCGCAGCAGCCGAAAGCUCCGGGAAAGUUUCUUUGGAGGUCCGGCCGAGCGGCCAUGUCCCACGGCCCCAAGCAUCCCGUGGCGGCCACCGCGCCAGCAGGCGGCAAGACUCCAGGCCCGCAUGGGGGCUUCGUGGUGGCUGUGAAGCAGGAGCGCAGUGAGGGCCUGAGAGCCGGGGAGAAGGGGCCCCAUGAGGAGGAGCCAGUGAAGAAGAGAGGCUGGCCCAAGGGCAAGAAACGGAAGAAGGUUCUGCCCAACGGGCCCAAGGCGCCCGUCACUGGGUACGUGCGCUUCCUGAACGAGCGGCGGGAGCAGAUUCGCACUCGUCACCCGGACUUGCCCUUCCCCGAGAUCACCAAGAUGCUGGGUGCCGAGUGGAGCAAGCUACAGCCAGCCGAGAAGCAGCGGUACCUGGACGAGGCGGAACGGGAGAAGCAGCAGUACAUGAAGGAGCUGCGCGCGUACCAGCAGUCUGAGGCGUACAAGAUGUGUGCGGAGAAGGUCCAGGAAAAGAGGAUUAAAAAAGAGGACUCCGGCCCCGGGCUCAUGAACACGCUAUUGAAUGGACACAAGGGUGGGGACUGCAACGGCUUCUCCACCUUCGAUGUCCCCAUCUUCACUGAAGAGUUUUUGGACCAAAAUAAAGCGCGGGAGGCGGAGCUGCGGCGCCUGCGGAAGAUGAACGUGGCCUUUGAGGAGCAGAACGCCGUGCUGCAGCGGCACACGCAGAGCAUGAGCAGCGCGCGCGAGCGCCUGGAGCAGGAGCUGGCGCUGGAGGAGCGGCGGACGCUGGCCCUGCAGCAGCAGCUCCAGGCCGUGCGCCAGGCCCUCACCGCCAGCUUCGCCUCGCUGCCUGUGCCCGGCACCGGGGAGACGCCCACGCUCAGCACCCUGGACUUCUACAUGGCGCGGCUGCACGACGCCAUCGAGCGCGACCCCGCCCGCCACGAGAAGUUGGUCGUCCGCAUCAAGGAGAUCUUAGCCCAGGUGGCCAGCGAGCACCUGUGAUGGGGGGGGGCUCCCCCUGUUCUACGAGGAGACCGCGUUGUGGCCGGCCCUCUGCCACCCGCUCUGUGGAGGAGGGGCCAGGGAUCAACCCGAUUCUGCACCUUGGGGGCUCCAGCACACACACCCCCAAGUAAAUGUCUACAGCACCCCUCAGCUCUUACUUAACUUCUCAGCACCCCAGCCCAGCAAAAGCCCCCACCCAACCCAUGGCCACAAGGGACCCAGCGAGCUUGCAUGCCCCCCGGCCAGCCACACACUACACUUACCAGAGCGAGGACACCCCCCCUCCCCCGCCCCCACACGUGACUGCGUGACCCAGGGGGGGACAGGAAAAGGAGGCACAGCAAUAAGGACCCAGGGCAGACAAAGGUCACCCCACAGUCCUAGGCAAGAGGACAUGUAGCCUGUUGUCCUGUUCCAGAGCCAGCGUGCCUGACGGUGAGGGCAGGCAGAUACUGACCAGCCCCGCCCCACGGCAGUGGAGGGACCCUCUUGGAGGCGGCCCCUACCGCCACUGCUUAAUCCAGGCUUUUUCAAUUAAAAAAAAGAGAGUUUCCAUCAGGA